UUUUUUUUUGUUGAUAGGUAUAUGGAGAGAUGUCUUGUGCCAUGAUCCUCCAAAAAAAAAAAAAAAAAAAAUGACUAUCUAAAGGUUAAAUAGGUAAACCAAUCAUGAAUCAGCAGGAUGAUGUUAAGGUACUUGCAAAGGCUCUGAUGCCAAAUUUUGUGUACUGAAUUGAAUGUGAUUAUAAUCACACACAUAUGCAAAAGGUAUUAAGAAGCUCAAUAGUAGGUGUGUGCCUAGUUACAUAUAGAAAUUUUUUUUGACACAGUAGAAUUCAUAGCUUACAUGAGAUAUAGUCAUGUUUGGUGCCAUGGGCUUAAAUUAAGGUUUGAGUGCUUUUUGAAUUUGAACUCCUUAAAUUUGUCAAAGUAGACAAACACCGACCAUAAGUUUACCCUGUUUUUCUAGAAUAACAUGUUCUAUUUUCUCUUUUCUUCAUGUUUUUCCUUUUUCCUUUUUAAAGCAUAUGAGGGUCUUGAAUAGGGUUCUAAAAGGCAAAGAGUCUGGAAAUGUUGCUACUGCUUCUAAUCAAAAUUGGUAGGGAUGCCAAUAUCUGCUGGUUCAGUUGAUCUCAGAGCAAGUAAUAUUUUUUUUUUUUGAUAGAUUAAGCAAGUAAUAUUUUUUUUUUGAUCAAUAAGUAUAUGAUUGUAUUGCAAAGAGGCGCUAAAAUAGUGACCCACCGAAUUACAGUAUAAAGCAACUUAUCCCCUUACAAAGGGGCCCAUACAACAAGGGAAAAAACAAAAAAAUCCUCUCCCUUAACGCAUAUACACCCACUCUAUAAAAUCUAUUAAGGUGGAAGGGCCAUCUUUUAUCUACAAUUUGGUUUCCGACCACAUAAAUACAUAAAAGAUACUUUCAGCCUUUGAAUAGACAGCCUGCAAUCCUCGAAAGCAAUUGAAUUUCUAGCCUUCCAUAUAACCCAAAACAAGCAUAACGGUCCCAAUUGCCACACCACCUUCCUCUUCUUUCCCACAAAAGAGCCCCUCCAUCCUAAAAGGGUUUCCUUGACCGAAAGAGGAAAAACCCACGAAACUCCAAAAAAAGAAAGGAACAACAUCCACACUUCCCUUGUUUUUUCACAAUGAAUGAGAAGGUGGUCAAUUGAUUCCUCACACGUAUGACAUAAAAAACAUCUAUUUGCCAUAACCCAACCUCUCUUUUGCAGACGAUCCAAGGUUAGAACUCUCCCCCAAGAAGCCUCCCACGCAAAGAAGCUUAGUUUGGGCUGCACACAAGAGUUCCAAAUAAUCUUCGAAGGGAAAGAAGCAAGAGACCCCGGCUGCAUAGUCCUAUACAAAGAUUUUACCGAGAAAACCCCAUUCUUUGAUUCCAUCCACUUCACCCUAUCCUCCUCAUCCACCUUAACCUUCUUCCCCUCCAAGCAACAAAACAACCUUUCCACUUCUUACAACUUCCAAUCGUUGAAAGGUCUAUUGAAACAAGGGUUCCAACUUCCCCCCUUUUCCCCCUCGGCUGUCCACACUUCAUUUACCCAAGCCUCUUUGUUCGAAUCUAAAGCAUAUAAAGAAGGAAAAGCCUCGCACAAAGGGAUGGUUUCACACCACUUGUCUUUCCAAAACCUUACCUUCUCACCAUCACCCACCACAAAGCCAAAAGAAGGGGUUACUAGAUGUCCCAUUUUACUUAUUGCCUUCCACAACCCAACUCCAUAGGCCUCCCUAGUCUCACAAGAUCUCCACCCUCCUCUUUCCGCCCCGUAUUUCCCUCUAAUCACUUUGUUCUAAAGUGUCUUUCUUUCAUUUGCAAAGCGCCAAACCCAUUUGCCAAGGAGAGCCUUAUUGAAAGCCCCAAGACUCUUAACCCCCAACCCUCCGCUUCUUUUGUCUAAACACACAAUUGGCCAUCUUACUAAGUGCAGUUUUUGCUCAAGAGGCCCACCACCCCACAAAAAGUCCCUUUGGAUCUUCUCCAAUCUGAUUCUAACCACCCUAGGCAUCUGGAAAAUAGACAUAAAAUAAAUCGGCAGAUUGGACAAGGUACUUCGCACUAAAGUAAUCCUCCCCCCUUUUGAAAUGUACCGACGUUUCCACAUAGCCAAUUUCUUUCUGAAUCUUUCUUCUAUUCCAUCCCACGCUGCAACACAUUUAAACGGAGCACCCAACGACAUUCCUAGGUAAGUGGAAGGCAAUUUUCCCACCUUGUAACCGAACUCAUUAGCCAACUCAUCCACAUUCUCGACCCUACCAACCGGAAUCAACUCACUUUUCUCCAGAUUUACUCUUAACCCUGAAAUUGCCUCAAACCACAUUAACAGCCAACACAAGUACAACAACUGAUCCUACUUUGCUUCACAAAAUAUCAAUGUAUCAUUAGCAAACAACAAAUGUGAUAUCUGGACCCCUUUGCCUCUUCUUCCCCGAAUCAAAUAAGGCGACAAAAACCCCCCAGCCACUACUCUCUUUAGCAAACAACUAAAGGCCUCCAUCACAACUACAAAUAAGUAAGGCGAUAGGAGGUUACCUUGCCUUAACUCCCUUGAGCUUUGGAAAAAACCCGUAGGGCUUCCAUUCACCAUAACUGAAUACCUAACAGUGGAUAAGCACCUCUUUAUCCACCUGCACCAUCUUUCCCCAAACCCCAUCUUCUUCAACACCGCUAAAAGAAACGCCCAGUCCACAUGAUCAUAGGCUUUCUCAAUGUCUAAUUUGCAGAGAAUCGCCCCUUUAUUGCUUUUCAACAAUGGAGUCAAUUGCUUCAUUAGCAACCAGCACUGCGUCCAUGAUUUGCCGCCCCUCCACAAAAGCAUUUUGGGACGUUGAGAUGACCUUAGCUAACACGCCCUUUAUUCUAUUAGCCAACACCUUAGCUAACCACUUAUACAACCCUCCCACCAAGCUAAUUGGCCUAAAAUCCUUCAAAUCCUCUGCCCCCCCUUUCUUAGGAAUCAACACUAGAAAAGUUGCAUUCAAACUUCUUACAUAGCUCCCAGUCUCAUGGAACUACCUGAAAAGUUCAUUACCUCCUCUUUAACAAAUUCCCAUGAAAAUUGCCAAAAAGUCAUUGAAAAACCGUCAGGGCCUGGCGCUUUCUCACUGCAACAACCUGACAGUGCCCCAAAAACCUCCUCCUCCGAGAAUGGCUUCUCUAGCCCCUCCACAUCCCCCUUUUCCAGCCUCUCAAAAAUCAAGGCAUCUAUCCUGGGCUUCCACCCCCCUGGAUCUGCCAGCAGCCCCUGAUACACCCUGCAAACCACCUCUUUGAUCUCCCUUUCCUCAUUGUACCAUCUCCCAUUCACUUUGACUCUAUUCAUCUGAUUCCUUCUUCUAUGAGCAUUAGCCAUCUGAUGAAAAAACCUUGUGUUUCUAUCCCCCUCUUUCAGCCAAAUCCCCCUCUUUCAGAGCAAGUAAUAUAGUGACUAGCCUUAUGGAUUUGUAACAUAAUCAAUCCUUCUUGGUGCUUGCCCCAUUGCUCCCACAAAGGGUAUUAUCUGUGGCCCAUACCAUGCCAUCUUAUGAAAGUUGUUCCUUCUUCCUUGACACAGGAGUGUCCCAAUUCAGAAGGUUUUCAUUGAUAUGUUCCCCAAACCUCAAUGGGUAUAUGUCAGAUUUUUGAGUCACUAAGCACCAAAUAUUGGAUAGGUUGAUGAUCCAACAAGAAGGGCAAUGGAUGAAUCAAGUUCUUUAGGUGAUUACAAGUAUUUUCUGUGAAACAACUCAGUCAGAGCAGUUAAGAUGACUAGUUUGUAGAACUUAUUACAAUAUUAGAUAAUUACUGAACUACAUAUUGUUUGUAACUACCUUGUAAGGUCUAAACUUGUCCUGGAGAGUGUUUUUAUAACCAUUUUUACCAACUUACCAUAGGGCUAGUCACCCUAAUUUAGGAUUCAUGCAUAUGCUUUUUAUUAGAGACUCUUCAAUUCAUCUUUAGCUUCUGGUGUAGAAAGAGCUGCCUCUCCCUCUCCCUCUCCCUCUCCCUCUCCCUCUCCCUCUCCCUCUCAUCUUCUUCCUUGAGCUGAUUGUGACAAGGGGACCAAAAUGAAAACAAAUUUUACAGUAAUUGGGGUCUCCUUAUUAAUUGUUGCAGCUGUUACUGUGGCUGUGGUGGUUGGAGUAACCAGUGGAGAAAAGUCAGGUGAUGUUACAAAUUCAGUUUUGAGAUUCUCAGAAAUGAUUGAUUCCUUGUGUUCUGUGACUGAUCACAAGAAGACUUGCAUCGAUACUCUUAGCCAGGAAGCUGAAUAUAGCAAGGCUACCCCAAUUGACUUCAUCAAAAUCAUCAUUUCUCGAUUAAGACGAGGUGCAAAGUGUGGCUGCCAUCAAAGACACUUUUGCUAAGGUUGUUUUGGUCCCAAGCCAAAUAGCAGCCCUUCAAGACUCAAGACUUGUUAAAAUCUGCCAAUGACAAUCUUGCUUCCUCUCUUCGUAUGGUGUCUGCUGGAUUGCAGUCUUUGAUUGAUCAUGAAGACAGUCUCAAGAGCCAGUUGAGUGCAGUUAUCUCAUAUCAACAAACAUGCAAGGAUGGAAUUAAACACCCAUCAAUCAGAGCAGUAAUUGGGCUCAGGCUUCAGACUGUCACUGAGCUCACAAGCAAUGCUUUAGCACUGGCAGAGGCUAGAGAUGGUGGGUACCCUACUUGGUUCUCAGCAACUGACUGUGGGCUCUCGGAGUUACAUGGCAAGGGGCUUCUGAAGCCCAAUGUAGUUGUAGCUAAAGAUGGCAGUGGGCAGUACAGAACAGUAUUUGAAGCUGUUGUUGCAUACUCUGAAAACAGGAACCACAGGGGGACAUAUGUCAUCUAUGUGAAGUCUGGAAUGUAUGAGGAGAACAUCACCCUCAAAGUCCGCUGGGGUACAGUAUCCAUGUAUGGUGAUGGACCUAGAAAGACGAUCAUCACUGGCCGAAAGAAUUGCCAUGACCAAUUUACGGCCCUGCGGACAGCCACCUUCUCUGUUCGUGGAAAAGGAUUCAUUGGCAGGUCAAUGGCAUUCCGGAACACAGCUGGGCCAGAAGGUGGCCAAGCCGUGGCUCUCCAAGUUCAGGCUGAUAUGUCAGCCUUCUUUAACUGCAGGAUAGAUGGGUACGAGGGCACUCUGCAUGCACUAGCCCAUCGCCAAUUCUACAGAGAGUAAUCCAAAACUCUGUGAUCAUGGUCAAAAAGCCACUUGACAACCAGCAGAACACCAUAACAGCCAGUGGUAGAGCUGAUGAUCGGCAAACCACAGGUUUUGUGAUCCAGAACUGUCAAAUAGUUCGAGGACAGGAACUCUUCCCUGUGAGGUUCAGUACAGCAACGUACUUAGGCAGACCAUGGAAGCGAUAUUCAAGAACAGUUGUUAUGGAAUCAACACUGGGCGAUUUGAUUCAUCCUAAAGGAUGGUUGGCAAGGAAUGGCACAUUUGCAGUUGACACACUACUCUAUGCUGAGUAUGCCAACAAGGGGCCUGGAGCUGAUACCAGCGGGAGAGUCGACUGGAAGGGUUACAAGGUCAUCACCAACAGAACAGAAGCACUAGCCUAUACAGUUGCUCCUUUUAUUCAAGGAGACCAGUGGUUGAAAAGGAGUGGGAUGCCCUUCCUCCUUGGCCUCAAACUUUGAAACAUGUUUCAACCACCUUUGCAGUUUUGGUGAGAAAGAUCCACAUUGAAUUAAAAUUCAAGAUCUUCAUUUCAUCUA